UGCGACGCGCAAAAAGUACAAAAACGGAAAGACGCGCCGCCGCUCGUCGCAGAUAGCGCUCUCCUUUCGAGCCGGGUAGCGGUUCUUUUUGUCGGUGUCUCCGUGGAUUACCCUACGUUUCUCUUCUCUGCACAUACCACCUACCAAAGUCACAGACAUGUCCCUUCCUCAGCUGACCAAGCCUGCCCCAGACUUCUGCGGUACUGCCGUAGUCGAUGGUCAAUUCAAGGAAAUCAAGCUGUCAGACUACAAGGACAAGUACCUGGUUCUCUUCUUCUACCCGCUUGACUUCACUUUUGUCUGCCCCACGGAGAUCAUCGCCUUCAGCGACCGUGCUGAAGAGUUCCGCAAGAUCGACUGCGAGGUGGUGGCCUGCUCCACUGACAGUCACUUCUGCCAUCUGGCAUGGAUCAACACGCCCCGCAAGGAAGGUGGCCUUGGCGAAAUGAACAUCCCACUUCUGGCCGACAAGAACAGCAAAAUCGCAAGAGCGUAUGGUGUCCUGAAGGAAGAUGAGGGUAUUCCUUUCCGUGGCCUUUUCAUCAUCGACAACAAGGGCCUUCUUCGCCAGAUGACCAUCAACGACCUCCCUGUUGGCCGCUCUGUCGACGAGACCCUCCGGCUUGUCCAGGCUUUCCAGUAUACAGACAAGUACGGAGAAGUUUGCCCAGCCAACUGGAAGCCUGGUGGAGACACCAUGAAGCCCGACCCCAAGGGUAGCAAGGCCUACUUCUCAAAGGUUGAUCACUAAGUCCCCUCUCCCACAGCUUCAAGCCAAAGCCCACUCUUGUUCAACCCCAUGUUCUUGUGACACUGUACUGUUCUAUCCUCCUUCAUAUCAAGUAUUAAAAGACAUUUUUUUUCACUUUC